AGAACGCUAGAGAUCCUGAAACACUCUGCAGCUUCCCCUGCUUCCUGCGCCCUCCCACUGUGGGCUCAGGCACACACACACACACACACACACACACACACACACAAGUGUCUGCCGAAGAAAACCACAAACACUUGAGGACAACGGACACGACACAACAAGAAGGAACAGGAGUCCACCGUCGUCAUCCUCCUCAGCAACUCCCACUUGAGCAGCGUGGUCUGGGCCGCCAUGAAGACCCUGCAGGCCGCCCUGCUUUGGUUUCUCUUGGUGCCCUGGGUAAAGCCGGCUCCACCCACUCCACAGAGCUCCAGGACAGAGACUUUUGAAGAAAUAUGGGAUUAUGAGGAGCCUUGGCAGGACGGGAAAACCAUGAAGAAAAAAGAUGUUAUGGCAAUUCUACAUGACUUACAAAAAGAUGAAAGUGCAACAGAACAACCAGCAAACACAGAAGAUGGAGAAAUGCCGACCUGCCUCCUGUGCGUCUGUCUCAGCGGCUCCGUGUAUUGUGAGGAGACAGACAUCGACACUGUGCCCCCCUUGCCAAAGGAGACGUCCUACCUUUAUGCCCGAUUCAACAAGAUCAAGAAAAUUACAGCCAAAGACUUUGCAGAGAUUCCUAACUUAAGAAGACUCGAUUUCACUGGAAACCUGAUAGAAGACAUAGAGGACGGGGCCUUUUCCAGGCUCUCCCUGCUAGAGGAACUCACACUUGCAGAGAACCGGCUGUUAAAGCUCCCAGCUCUGCCAUCUAAACUGACUUUAUUUAAUGCUAGACACAACAAGCUCAAAAGCAAAGGCAUCAAAGCAAACACAUUCAAGAAGCUGAAUAACCUCUCCUUCCUCUACCUGGACCACAACGAACUGGAGUCUGUGCCACCACAUUUGCCAGAGAGCCUGAGAAUCCUUCACCUUCAGUUUAACAACAUAGCAGACAUCACGGAUGAUACAUUCUGCAAAUCCAACGAUACACGUUACAUUCGGAGCCGCGUUGAUGAGAUAAGAAUGGAAGGCAAUCCAAUACUCCUGGGAAAGCAUCCCAACAGCUUUAUCUGCUUAAAAAGACUGCCCACUGGAACAUACUAUUAACUAAAGCUCAUAUAGCUGCAUACCCACCCUAAAGGGGAAAGGCAGUCAUCUGUCCUGCCCCUCAUUUAAAGGAUCCUAUAGUCUAGUUUAAUUAUAUUUUGGUAUAUCCCUUGGCAGCUUUCAGGCACUUAAAUGGUUUCUUGGUCUUGUUUUAAACUAGAAUAUUUAGAAAACUUUACAUCUACAUUUUGAGUUCAAAAUGUAACAUAAUGUGAAUAAUUGAGACUCAAUAUUACCACAUAACCCACCUGGGUUGUGGCAAGAUGUCAGGCACACUGUAAUGGUGUCCUUGUAUCCAUAUCUAAACUUGGGGCACCUUCUUCUUCUCAUCACUACGAACAUCUAAGUGUGCACACACACCCAGGACUGUCUUUCUGAUGGCCCUCUUCCUUAUUCUUGCCUGAGGCCACAAAGUAUCUAUAAGGCAGUGAAGCCUCCCUGCCCUUACCCCUGGCUCAAAGUGAAAUACUUUCAGGCACCCACAGUUUCUACAAGCUGGACUGACAUCAGUGAGGCAGAGUUAUUGCUGUUUUAUGCCAUGAAACAUGGUACAGUCUGCUAUGAGACAUGUUCAUAACAAACUUUUCAACUGGAGUCAGCUUCUCCAUUCCUUUGGUCAAACCCCAAUAAAAUAUACAUUCACAAUAAUUUACUCCAGUUUGGGGAGAGGAUUCCUUUGGCAAUGUUCCCAGAGUGCAUGUCCAUUCUCAGGGAGCCUGCCCCCUCCAACACUGAAGUAGUUAAUGUGAUCAUUAUCAUCACCUCUGUUUUACUGGUGAGGACACCAAGGCUUGCAUAAGGGUGAGAUGACUUAGGCAAAGUUAGAUUUGGGAAAUGAGAUCUGGUCUUUCUGCUCCUGGUCCCAGGCCUCCUUCUACAGCCCUGGAGGAUGCAUCAUGCUUCCUACUGAGGGGAAUAUAUACAUGUGCUAGCUGAGCCCAGGUUUCACACAUAGGUCCAAGGAAUGGGUCAGCCCCCACACGCUAAAUCAUGCAGUUCUCUGGGAGAUCCAAGACCUGAAUUCUGUGGACAUUCCUUCCACAGACAGAAAUUACAGCUCCUCCCCUUCCUUCCUGUCUUCUCAUCCUAUAAGACUCUUUUCCAUGUCCUUGAAUAAAUCCUCCAUCAAUGGCCCACACAACAGACUAUAGACAUUGUAUUAUUGCAGGACAACAGGCUCCUGCACCACACCCAGCCCACCUUGAGGCCACAUUGUGCACACAACUCACCAGCGGUCACUUGCUGCAGCCCAGCUAUCCCUGAUGUGUUUACUUCCACUGACCUGUGGGCCACCCACAAUUAUUCUUCUGAGAUCAUAGUAUCUAUGGCUGGUAGACAGACAGCACCCCCAGGACAGCAGUAGAAUUUAAAAGACAAGCUUUUGCAGCUUAGGAAUAUUGCGAACUCCUUGUCAUUUCCCAAAUGUGAUCAGAUCCACUCUCUUCUUUCUCUCCCAUUCUGGACCAGCUCACUAUCCAUCUCCAUCAUUUAUCCAUGAUACUGGUAGUCCACUGGCACAGAAACACCUGGACAAUAAACAUUUAUCAUCAUCUUCAAUUUCCCCAUGUAGAUGAACAGGAGAAUCUCUUUGGAGGGACUCUGGAUCUGACUGGGGAAGUCCUGUAUUGGUUCAUGGCUUCUAGGUGCAAAUCAAGACAAUGUCUCUGCAAAACUACAUCAUUUAUUGAGAAGAAUGAUAAAACUCUGGAGCUGAAAGAGCCCCCAAUAUUCCUCUGGAUGAAUUUGUACCAAAAAAAAAUACCCAGUGUAAACCACCCAGCCAGUGGUGAGCUUGCCUUUGCUUGAAGACCUCCAGUGAGAAAGAACCCACCCCCUUCCAAGGGAGCCCACGCUACUUGCAAACAACUCUGUUAGAAAAGUUCCCUGAAUUCAAGCCUAAAAUUGUCUUUUUCAAACCUCCCCCCAGCUCUCUUGGUUGUGCCUUCUGGGGCCAGAGAAGUAAUUCAAUCCUUCUUCAACAGCAAAGUCCUUCAAACACUUGAAAACCACUAUCAUGGACUCUUCCCCGUUCCCCUACUCCUCACUUUCCUGAGCAUUCCCUUUUCAUGGCUAAAUAUCUUCAGUUCAUUCAAGAAUCCCCAUAUGCAUAGACUCAAUGCCCUUCACCAGGCUGAUGGCCCUCCUGUGGAUACUUUUAAACUCAUCAAUAUCUUUUCUAAAUUGUUGCCCAAAGCUGAACACAAUGCUUCAUAAUAUGGUCUGCCCAAUGCAGAGAUAUGGAGGGACUCUGCUUUGCUUAUUCCUUAAAGCUCUGCCCCUCUUAACACAGCCCAAGUUUUCACCUGCUUUCUUGGUUGCCAGAUCAUACUGCUGACUUGUGGUGAACUGACCAAGCACUAAGCUCUAAGGUCUUCUACAGAACAGCUGCCAUCCAAACAUGUGUUCCUCAUCUUGUAUUCACGAAGCUGACCUUUUGGAUGCUUUGUGGAUUCUUUUUAUCCCUAUGGAUUUGCCCUAUUAGACUCUGCUCAAGCUUGUCAAGAUCUUUUAGCAACAUGACUGUCAUCUAAUAGACCAGCUCUCCUUCUUUGUGUCACUAAUUAUACAAGCACAGGUGCCCAGGGUCCCCCUUCUGCAGAGACCUCCCUCCCAGGAAGUGACUAUACUUUAGAUCUGCCCAUUCGGCCACAGUCAAGUCCAGCUAAGUGAUCAUAUUAUCAGUGAGUCCACACCUGCGAGAACAGCAACAAAUUCUUGAUGAAAUUCAUUGAUGGAAUAUAGGGAAACAAAAUUUACCACAUUCCCUUGAGCUAUGAGCUGAAUAAUCCUGCCAAGAAAGGAGGAAGGGUUAGCCAGGCAUGACAACUGCUCAGAAUUGCCACUGUCUUUUCUAGAUGCUCCAGGGUCAUAUUCUGAAUGACCCAUUAGUUUUCCCUGGGGUCAAUGUCAAGCUCCCCACCCUCUGCAUUUGUCUGCUCUCUGGACUCUGGCUAAUAUAGGUUCAAAAUUCUUAAGUCCAAGCUCUCCAUAAUUACCAGAUGGGAAAAAAAAUCAACUCUCAUCCCCAUUUCCCAGCCAAUCUUUAAAGACUCAGAACCACUAUCUUCUAAGUCCUCUAACAAGGUUCACUCAUCUCUUUUGGGAAGUGAUAAAAUCACACCUAGCACUGUUCAAAGUCCUGAAUUCUCAGCCUGGCUUCCUGCUUCUCUUCAUAUAUCCUACGGCAUUAACCUACCAUAUAGAUGCUAUCUCUCUGGAGUCUUACAAGGAUGCAGUCAUCUUCAUGAUGAGGAAGCUGUGCCUCAGAGUGGUAAAGGAGCUCCCUGUGGUCAAAUGAGGAAGCAAGCACAAGAAGGAAGUUUCCAAGCCCAGUGUCUCCUGAUGCCAAGUCAGCAACCAUCUCUAUGCACAGCUGAUGCCUCUCUGCUGACUCAGGACUGUCGCCUGGCCUCAUCUCCCUGAUACUCACCAACACAAACGAUCCACUCUUGUCAGACUGGUGUCUCAAUUGUCAUGGAGCACAGAAAAUUUAUUCCUGCCUAAACCUUUGUUUCUAUUUACUAUGUUCUAGUCCUUCAGGCCAUGCCUCAGAGGGAAGGGAGGAGAGAUGAAAGAGCUCUGACCAUUGAACCUGAGGCCUGAGUCAUCACAGAUUGACUCCAUACACAGAAGGGAAACCCCAAAGCACAACCACCAUACUACCUCCUCCUCCUCGACUUCUACCAGCCUCUCUCUGGGGGCUCUUUGUGUAUCUCUGGCCACUUGAACCGCCCAAAACAGUGAAUGUGAGCCUCACCAGAACAGAGCCCGUGACCUGUCUCCAAGUGAUCCCAGGGAUCACAGAGGGAGAAGCAGCCAGCAAACACUCAAUAACUCUCUGCCCCAGCAACCCCACUCAACUCCCUUUCUUCCUGGGCUGAUGCUACUGUUGUCCCACUCUGAAAUGGCCUUCCUUUGGCUCUCUAUCCAACCAAAGCCAACCUUCAUCCUUCCAAAGCCACUUUCUGACCCCUCUGAUCCAUAACAACCUCCCCUUUUAGCUGAACUCAGACAGUAUUAGGUGCCUGUAAAUUAAUCACAUACUAUUAUAUUUAUCUGUGUUAUAUACAAAUUUAUAUGCAAAAUAUCAAUUGUGUAAUAAAAUGAACUUAAGCCAA